GCCUCCUCACCUCAGAGCAGAAGAGCAAGGCCAGCAGAGCCCACACAUCCUCCCGUGUUCCUGCCCAAGCUCGUCCUCCAGCUGCCCUCAAAAUGAGUGAGGACAGAAUGAUACACAGGGAGAUGAAAUCACCCACUUCAAAGAAACAAAAGGAUGAAAGAGACCCAGCUCACACAAGUGGAGAUUUUCCAAGGCAUGUCAUUGCAGUAAAUUUGGGAAUAAUAUGCCUUUUACUCCUACUGAAAAGCACUGGCUUAGGAUAUUUAUUUUUUAAGGGUUCUUCUGAGUGCAAAAUGCAAGACAAGAAACACAGAUAUGAGAAUAAUGCUUCAUCACCAGCAGCUGCAGAUCACUCAGUUGUACCACCUAGUAGGGAGAAAAACUGUGAUGGAUGUUUUGGAAAAUGGAGCUGCUGUGGGAAAAACUGCUACUAUUUUUCCAAAGAUGUGAAAACUUGGAAAGAGAGUAAGAAGUCAUGUGAAGGACGUGCUUCUACUCUCAUUAAGAUUGAUGAUGAGGAGGAGCAGGAAGACUGGAGUGAUUCAUCCAUGAGACCUUUUUACUUCCAUUUCUUUUCAGCAAAAUAG